AUGGCUGGUACAGUUUUAGUGGCUGGAGAGAUUGUAGUGGAUGCCCUGCCUUAUUUUGAUCAAGGUUAUGAAGGGCCCAACAUUCAUGAAGAGGCUGAGGCACUGGUGGAGGAGGAAACUCACAGAUACCGAUCUACAAAGAACAAUCAGAGCUACCUGAUAGUCCAAAAUUAUUCAGGUUCUGAAAACGACAUAAUGAUAAAUGAGUUUCAAAGACUGGCUGAUCAACAACCAAUUGAGUUUCUCAGUAUGAAAUGGUAUGAGCUUACAGCUCCUUCAUCAGGUCAGAAAAACGUUAUUAUUGCCUGGCAAGGAUGUGUAAAUAAUUCUAUGCUCCAGUUAGAACAUCAAGCAGUUAGAAUUGAGAAUCUAGAAGUAAUGUCACAGCAAUGGCUGGGAAUCAAUAAAAAUCUGGUUCACAUGAUUGAACAUACCCAAAAAGAGCUCCAGAAAUUAAAGAAGCAUAUUAUAAUAGAAGGAAAAUUGAUGGUGAAAACCUUACAGAAUGGGAAAGAAAUAUUUGGCAGCGAUGUUUCAGACAAAGGUUUCAUAACUAAUUUUACAGAAACCAGGUCCAAAGAGGAGAAACAGUUUAAAAGUGAUAUAUGA